AUGUCUUCAGCACGGCUUCUACGAGGGCGAGCGAUUGCCCGUCUUGCGAGACCCCUCGCUCGGCCUUCGCAACCCUCCUCGGUCCUCCUCAUCCAGCGCGCCGCCGCCAGCAACCUCUCUCAGCGCCCAGAUUCAGAAUACGUCUCCUUCCCGGGAGCCGUCAAGAGUGCGUUCACAACAACGCUCAACUUUGACAAGCCGUCGGAUCACGCCGCGAUACCCACCUAUCGCGUCGUGGACCAGCAUGGCGCCGUCGUCGACACUUCCUUCAAGCCGGACCUGUCGACGGAGGAGGUGAUAAAAGUUUACGAGGAUAUGCUGUUCAUUUCGCUUAUGGACUUGGUCAUGUUCGAUGCGCAGCGCCAGGGUCGUGUCAGCUUUUAUAUGGUGUCUGCUGGUGAGGAGGCUGUUUGCGUCGGAUCGGCGUCGGCGUUGACUAUGGAGGAUGUGAUAUACUGCCAGUACCGCGAGCAGGGCGUGUUUAAGCACCGGGGUUUCACAGCUACCGACUUCAUGUCUCAAUUGUUUGCCAACAAGAAUGAUAAUGGACGAGGACGGAACAUGCCGGUUCACUAUGGAAGCAAGGAACUGAAUAUUCAUACUAUCUCCUCUCCAUUGGCAACACAGCUACCCCAAGCAUCGGGUGCUGCGUACGCCCUGAAGAUUCAGAGGCAAAAUGAUCCCACGAUACCUCCUCGUGUCGUGGCGGUCUACUUCGGAGAGGGCGCGGCAAGUGAGGGUGACUUCCACGCUGCCUUGAACAUGGCGGCUACCAGGUCUUGCCCCGUAGUCUUCAUUUGCAGGAACAACGGCUAUGCUAUUUCUACGCCCACUCUAGAGCAAUACCGUGGUGAUGGUAUUGCGAGCCGAGGUAUCGGAUACGGAAUCGAGACCAUCCGAGUCGACGGAAACGACAUCUGGGCGGUCAGGGAGGCAACGAAGCGGGCACGUGAACUCGCUCUGGAAGACGGCGGAAAGCCCGUACUUAUCGAAGCCUUGACAUACCGUGUGAGCCACCACAGUACCUCCGACGACUCCUUCGCCUACAGGGCGAGGGUGGAAGUUGAGGAUUGGAAGCGAAGGGACAACCCCAUCAUCCGGCUACGAAAGUGGAUGGAGGCGCAGGGUAUCUGGAGCGAGGAGAAGGAGAAGGAGGCGAGGGAGAGGCUGAGGAGGGAGGUGUUGCACGCUUUCAAGGAGGCUGAGCGCGAGAAGAAGCCUCCUGUGAGGACCAUGUUUGAGGAUGUCUACGAGGAGCUGACUCCGGACUUGAAGAGGCAGAUGGCGGAGUUGAAGUCCAUUUUGGAGAGAUACCCUGACGAGUACGAUGUGAACGAAUUCGAGGGCGGAAAGAAGUCUUUGGACAGCUGA